GGCUGGCGCCGCGCCUGCGCUCUGCCCCAGCGACGGUCUCUCGAGGAGCCCCGCAGUGUGCUGGCAGCCUUGUGAGCCGUGGUCCCUCGUACUGUCGCGGGGUCUUUAACUUGAGACGUCCCUGCGCUGAAGACCAUGAACCGCAGCCGCCAGGUGACGUGUGUGGCCUGGGUCCGCUGCGGCGUGGCCAAAGAGACGCCGGACAAGGUAGAGCUGAGUAAAGAAGAAGUGAAACGUCUCAUUGCUGAAGCGAAGGAAAAGUUACAAGAAGAAGGUGCCAGUGAGGAAGAGGAGGCAGGCAGCCCUUCAGACGAUGGUGUGCAGAGUGCACGCACGCAGGCGCGCCCGAGGGAGCCCCUGGAGGAUGGUGACCCAGAGGACGACAGGGCGCUGGACGAUGAUGAGCUGGCCGAGUACGACUUGGAUAAAUAUGACGAGGAUGACCCAGAUGCUGAGACGCUUGGGGAGUCGCUGCUGGGGCUGACAGUCUACGGGAGUAAUGACCAAGAUCCGUAUGUUACUCUGAAAGAUACUGAACAAUAUGAACGUGAAGAUUUCUUGAUUAAACCCACUGACAAUCUCAUAGUUUGUGGUCGAGCUGAACAGGAGCAGUGCAAUUUGGAGGUGCAUGUUUACAAUCAGGAAGAAGACUCUUUUUACGUGCACCAUGAUAUCCUGUUGUCUGCAUAUCCUCUGAGUGUAGAGUGGCUGAAUUUUGAUCCAAGUCCAGAUGAUUCUACAGGAAAUUACAUUGCGGUGGGAAACAUGACCCCUGUUAUUGAAGUUUGGGACCUUGACAUAGUGGACUCUUUAGAGCCAGUCUUCACACUUGGAAGUAAGCUUUCAAAAAAGAAGAAAAAGAAAGGGAAGAAGAGUUCCUCAGCAGAAGGGCAUACCGAUGCUGUCCUUGAUCUGUCGUGGAAUAAGCUCAUCAGAAAUGUGAUGGCAAGUGCCUCAGCCGACAACACGGUGAUUCUGUGGGAUAUGUCUGUGGGAAAACCAGCAGCUAGCCUGGCCGUGCACACAGACAAGGUCCAGACUCUGCAGUUUCAUCCGUUCGAAGCACAGACGCUGAUAUCUGGAUCGUAUGAUAAGUCGGUGGCUUUAUAUGACUGCCGGAGUCCAGAUGAGAGCAAUCGGAUGUGGCGCUUCAGCGGGCAGAUUGAGAGAGUGACUUGGAAUCACUUCUCACCUUGUCAUUUUUUGGCCAGCACGGAUGACGGCUUUGUGUAUAAUUUGGAUGCACGUUCAGACAAGCCGGUUUUUACACUUAAUGCACAUAAUGAUGAAAUCUCUGGGCUUGAUCUCAGCAGUCAGAUCAAGGGCUGUCUUGUGACUGCAUCAGCAGACAAAUACGUGAAGAUCUGGGACAUACUGGGAGACAGGCCGAGUCUGGUUCAUUCCCGGGACAUGAAAAUGGGAGUUCUCUUCUGUUCCUCCUGUUGCCCUGAUCUACCAUUUGUUUACGCCUUUGGAGGUCAGAAAGAAGGACUUCGGGUCUGGGACAUAAGCACGGUCUCGUCAGUAAAUGAAGCGUUUGGAAGACGAGAGCGGCUUGUUCUCGGCAGCACGAGAAGUUCAUCUGUCAGCGGCCCUUUCGGAAGCAGGAGCUCGGACACGCCCAUGGAGUCUUAACGAAGAGCACAGGCUUCUCUGAAAGCCGGCCUCAAAGUGCUCGCCGUGCAGAGUGACAGCUCAGCGCCUCCUGCCGGGGAUGCAGCCGGAGGGCAGACAUGCCCCUUCAAAAGAGAAUAAAAAGGUUUUUAAAGUAA